UCUUCGGCUGUCUUUGGCAUGUCAGCUGAAGAAUGACAACAUCGACCAGCACGGCCCUUUUUCCCCGACUACUGGCUGCAAAACCCAGACAAAAGUAGGCUUUUCACGAUUGCUACACACGAACAAACUAUCAGUUCAUCAUGACAAAAUCCUAACCUAAAGCCAACUUUGUCAGGAAGCUCGAGUGCUUUGGACUCGUCCAGUCUUUAUGAGCCACUGGGAGGAGCAGCAACAUCAUGGCAGAUGACAAAGACGUGCUGAGAGACGUCUGGUUCGGCAGGAUACCAACCUGCUUUACUCUCAACCAGGAUGAAGUGACCGAGAGGGAGGCGGAGCCUUAUUAUCUGCUGUUGCCCAGGGUGAGCUACCUGACAUUGGUCACCGACAAGGUGAAGAAGCACUUCCUCAAAGUGAUGAAGGCUGAGGAUGUUGAGGAGAUGUGGUUUGAAUACGAAGGGACGCCACUCAAAUGGCACUAUCCAAUUGGAGUUCUGUUCGACCUCCAUGCUUCCAACUCUGUCUUGCCGUGGAACAUCACCGUACACUUUAAGAACUUUCCAGGUCAUGAUCUGCUGCACUGCUCAUCCAGCUCUGUGAUCGAGGCUCACUUUAUGUCCAGCAUCAAGGAGGCGGACGCACUCAAGCACAAGAGCCAAAUCGUCAACGACAUGCAGAAAAAGGACCACAAGCAACUGUGGAUGGGACUGCAGAAUGAUAAAUUUGAGCAGUUCUGGGCCAUGAACCGGAAACUGAUGGAGUAUCCCACUGAGGAGGGAGGAUUCAGAUACAUCCCAUUCAGGAUAUACCAGACAAUGAGCGACAGGCCCUUCAUCCAGAAACUGUUCCGUCCCGUUUCGCCUGAAGGCAACGCUCACACUCUUGGCGACCUGCUCAAAGAGAUGUACCCUGCUGCGUUUCCUGGCCAGGGUGAGCAGAAACGCUACCAAGUUCUGAUCCACGGCAUUGAGCCGCUACUGGAUACGCCGCUGCAGUGGCUCAGUGAGCAUCUCAGCCACCCGGACAACUUCCUGCACAUCUGCGUGGUCCCCGCCCCCACCGACUGAGGCCAGCCCUCUCUCACUAUUGUCGUGACAACCCACUAACCAGCUGACCGCCAAACGACGUCGACGGCUGUGACAUUGGCAGAGACUUGUCGGACUGACUCUUUAAAGAGACCACCACAACAAGAUGGAGAAGGAGAUGGAAGGAAGGAAUGUUCCUCUUCAUCAAUGAAUGUCUCCUCCUCUUCCGAAGACUCACUUCCAGGAAGACAAGCUCAUCAUUAUAAGAGGAGAGAGGAAGAACUUUUGAUGCUUGCUUUUGGUUCCCACAUUCCUGUGUCUCAUCCUUAUUACAUAUUUGAGUUUACAUGUGUGUCCUCUCAAACAGUCCACAACUGGCCCAUCCUGGACUGGACCAGGCCUGCCAACAACUAACAAGCAGGCCAUGUUUACGACCACUUCAACGUUUCUGUUGUCCCUUCACCUUCCAAGCAGCCGUGCUGUGAUUCAGCUGCUUGUUUUGUCUUUCUGUGGUUGUGGCCAGUGCGCCACUGUCACAAGCAAAAGAAUAAACGUCUUGUUUGUGUC